UCGUUACGCAAAAAGGAAAAAAAAAAAAAAACAGCUCAUGAAAAUGGCAUGGUCAAAUACUCUGCUUCAGAUUCACAUCAAAUCCCCUUCGAUCCCUUCUCUCCAUUUCCCACAUACCCUCCCAAAAAGCUCCCCAUUCCUUCUUAAUCCUAACCCUAUAAAUCCCAUUCCCAGAUCCCUCAGAAUGCAAUUCCUUCACAGACCCAACGCUGUCCCACUCGUAUCAAGAGCCAUGGACAUCAUCCAAUCGUCUCCUCCCACGUGGCAAUCCGCAGUCCUCAGUAACCUCUUGAUCUUCGUCGUCGGCACCCCACUUUUAGUGGCGGGGCUUUCUCUCUCCGGAAUUUGUGCUGCGUUCUUGCUUGGCACUCUCACUUGGCGCGCUUUUGGCUCCCCUGGGUUUCUCCUCGUUGCUUCGUACUUCGUUAUUGGAACCGCAGUAACAAAAGUGAAAAUGGCUCAAAAGGAGGCCCAAGGGAUUGCGGAGAAGAGGAAAGGAAGAAGAGGACCUGGGAGUGUAAUUGGGUCCAGUGCUGCUGGUUGUGUAUGUGCUGUUCUAACAAUAUAUGGAGUUGGAGGAGAGGCAUUUACACGUCUUUGGCAACUUGGUUUUAUUGCUAGUUUCUGUACUAAGUUGAGUGAUACAGUGUCCAGUGAGAUUGGGAAAGCAUAUGGCAAAACAACGUACCUGGUGACAAACUUUCAGAUUGUUCCUAGGGGAACAGAAGGAGCUGUCAGUGUUGAAGGAACUGUUGCUGGACUUCUGGCAUCUAUGCUGCUUGCCACUAUUGGUUGUCUAUUGGGUGAGAUAAAUGUACCUGAGGUAUUGAUAUGUGUAAUAGCAUCCCAGAUUGCUAAUCUUGGUGAGAGCAUAAUUGGUGCUGCAUUCCAAGGGAAAGAAGGAUUUCGUUGGCUGAACAAUGAUGCUGUUAAUGUCAUCAACAUAUCCAUAGGCUGCAUUUUGGCAGUCUUAAUGCAACAACUACUCCAAAACUGGCAAAUGUAAGUUCACCCCAUCAUCUCUUUUGCGAUGUCAGGUAAUUAUUGCAGAGUUCAUCGACACUGCAAUCGACAUAUUGCAAUGUGGGGAAAAGAAGAAGAAGAAAGAGAAAGUCUUCAAUGUAAUGCAAGAGAUGAGCACAAAGGUGCAACAAUUAUAGCAAUGAUUUUGCUAAAUGAUAUGGAAAAUCAUUAGCAUAACCGUUUGUUCCAUGAGUAUAUUUUAAAAAGGCUUCUCUCUUUUAUAGUCUUGGUAUUCAAAGAUGUGUUCCUUUUAUCAAUCUCCAGUUAGAAAUGAAUUAGAUGCUUUUUAAA